AGAUUCUUUUAGAAGCGUGCGUUUGGUAAGCCCUUUGAUAUCUCUUUACUAUUAAGAUAUGGCAGAACUUGAAGAUUCUUUCCUCGCAGAGAUCGACGAGUUAUCCGACUAUGAAGAAUCAGGAUUCGAAGACAACGUCCCAAACUAUGGAGAAGAUAUCUCCAUGGACAUGUCAGACUUGGAAACCCUAAAGUCUGACGAUGACCUCGACACCGUCUCUAAGCUACUGAGAACUCAAAGAUACGCUGACGUAAUGAACAAGGUGGAAGACGCUCUCGGCAAGGAUUCGUGUGGAGCUUUGUCAGAAGACGAUCCUCUAUACAAACUAAUCGUGGACUGCAACAAGCUCACAGUAGAUAUCGAGAACGAGAUCGUCACCGUCCACGGCUUUAUCCGUUCCAAAUACAGACCUAGGUUUCCAGAGCUGGAGUCGCUUGUGCAUCACGCAAUCGAGUACGCUAGCGUCGUGAAACAGAUCGGGGACGAGAAGGACUUAACCCUAGUUACUCUCAAAGGUCUCUCGGCAAAAAGUACUCCCUUAUCUGUUUUACUCUUUGCUUCGACCACUAAAGGGAAGCCUCUCCCAGAAGGUGUCUUGCAAAAGACGUUAGAGGCGUGUGAUCGAGCUUUUGAGCUUGACUCCGCGCUGAAGAAGAUUCUUGCCUUCGUUGAAACCAAGAUGGGAUGUAUAGCACCGAAUCUCUCAGCCGUUGUGGGGAGUAAAGUUGCAGCUAAGCUCAUGGCUACGGCUGGAGGCUUGUCAGGGCUUGCUAAGAUGCCUUCUUGUAACGUUCAAGUUCUUGGUCAGAAGAGGAAGAAUCUUGAUGGAUUCUCUGCUGUAACCACACAGUCUCGUGUGGGUUACCUGGAGCAGACUGAGAUUUUUCAAAACACUCCUCCUGGAUUUAAGAAGCAAGCUAUCAAACUCUUGGCUGGGAAGUCUACUCUGGCAGCUAGGGUUGACGCUUGUAGGGGAGACCCGUUGGGGACUAAUGGUAAAGCUCUGAGGGAAGAGAUUCAGAAGAAGAUUGACAAGUUGCAAGAGCCUGGUGUUGCAAGGCAGCCUAAGCCACUUCCUGUUCCAGAUAUGACUGCUAAGAAGAAGAGAGGUGGUCGGCGGCUAAGGAAAAUGAAGGAAAGGUACGCGGUGACGGAGAUGAGGAAGCUUUCCAACAGGGUGGCGUUUGGUGUAGCGUCUGAAGAGAGCUCGCUUGGGGAUGGGUUAGGUGUAGGGUAUGGGAUGCUUGGUCAGGGUGGGAGCAAGAGGCUGAGAGUUUCCAGCGUUCCGAGUAAGCUGAAACUUGGUGCUAAGCUGGAGAAGAAGCUUAAAGAAAGACAGUAUACGAGUGGUGUUACUACUGCAACCACUUCUGGUUUCAUGACAUCAAGACUUGCUUUCACACCUGUGCAGGGAAUAGAGCUGUGCAAUCCUGGAGCUGUGAAAUUAGGUAGUGGGACUCAGAGCACUUACUUCUCUGAGUCAGGAACCUUCUCCCAGAUCAAGAAGAUAUAAAAACCUUUUAUUAUUCUGGUUUGUUUGCUUGCUUUAUUGUUUGAGAUGAUUGAAACUUAAAUGGAAUGUGUUAAGGAUGAUUGAUA